AUGGCUGCCGCUGCUAUCGAAUACAAGGGAUUACUAAAGGGACACAGCGGUUGGGUUACCAACAUCUCUACCCCCUGGGCCAACCCUGACAGCCCGGACGCCCCGCGCGUCAUCGCUUCGUCUUCCAGAGACAACACCGUCAUUGUGUGGCACGUUGACCCCGAGGCUUCGGAUGUCAACAACGGUUUUGCCGGGUUCGCUCAGCGUUCUCUGUGCAAGCACAAGCAGCCGGUGUCGGAUGUUGUGCUUUCGGCAAAGGGCGAGUACCUCCUGUCCACUUCUUGGGACAAGACCAUGAGACUGUGGGAUGUGAAGCAGGGUACCACUUUCAGGACUUUCAUAGGUCACACGUCGGACGUGACUGGUGGCGCUCUCUCCAUGGACUCCCGUCAGAUCAUUUCGUGCUCUCGCGACAAGACUAUCCGUCUGUGGAACACUUUGGGUCAGCAGAAGUACGUGCUGUCUGAGAACCAGCAUACUGACUGGAUCAGCUCCGUGCGCUUCUCGCCCGACCCUAACCGUACCAUGAUUGUGUCUUGUGGCUGGGAUAAGCUUAUCAAGAUCUGGAACCUUAAGGAAGGCAAGUUGGACGCUGACCUCUGCGGCCACACUGCCCCGGUAAACACUGUGGCCAUCUCUCCUGAUGGAUCCCUCUGUGCCUCCGGUGGAGCUGACGGCUGGGUCAUGCUGUGGGACAUCGUCGAGGACGCCCACCUCUACUCCCUCGAAGCCUCAUCUCCUGUGCACUCCCUGUGCUACUCUCCUUGCAACUACUGGCUCUGUGCUGCGACCGAGACCGGCAUCAAGAUCUGGGAUCUUGAGAAGAGAAAGGUCAUCUCCGACGUACGAAUGGUUCCUUCCGAAAUCGAGGAGGAAGUUGAAAUCGCCGAAUUCAAGAGACCCAAGGACCGGAAACCUCAGGAACUUGCCAUACUCGGACAGACCCAGAGACCCCCCAAGCAUCUCCCCUGGUGCACAUCUCUCUCCUGGUCUCCGGAAGGCGACUACCUCUACGCCGGCUCCUACAACGGUAACAUCUACGUCUUCGGCCUCAAGCACAGCACCAAGUAA